AGGUGGACUACAUCAAUUACAUUGCUUUUUUAGAAUUAGGAUUCGGAUUUAUUCUCUUUAUCGACUAGUAUCAAGAAGAGCACAUAGUAGAUAUUACAAAAGAAUGACGCAGCCACUAUCCACCCAAGUCUGCUCUCUCUCUCUCUGUUGCGGAUCGCUAUGCUUCAACUCCAGUUUGCAUCGUCAAACUUGACGUAGCGAAAAGAAACGCGGACAGAUUUUGGGCACGUGCAAGACUUUGGGCUUGUCUUUCAGGCCUCACGUAAAGACCCACAAAACGUGGGAAGGAGCAUUUCUGCAAACUGGCGGACGACGGUCGAAGAUAGUUGUCAGUACUAUUAAGGGGUACAAGGGGACAACUGAACGGCCUCGAUCACGUUUGAUUAAUGUAUCACGAGGUAUCAUGACAUGACAUUGCACGACCCUGCACUAGCGUCGCUCCUGAGCCUUUCCGUCUAAGAAAGAAGUCAGGGAUGUUCUGAAGAAUGCAACGGCAAAACCUCUAAUACUGUGGCAGAGUUAGAACUUACCUAAGGAAAUCGAGAUCGUCAUCGCGUUUUUCCUUCUCAUCACUUUUUUUUUUAGCCUUGAGAUCGCACCUUUCCAUUCUUGUGCUGCCUGUCAUCAGUACGAGAGCCUCUUUGUCGAGGAAUCAGGCAACUUUGUUGGAGAAUGGAAACGAUGCAGUGCGCGCUAGAUCGAGUUCUGUUGGCAACUUUUCGGGAGAAUGGAAACGCUGUAGUCAACACAACACUUCUUCACAGUUCGCAGUGAAACGUGUCCACAACACUUCUUCACUGAUUAUCAGUACAAGCAUGAGUUUUUGCAUGAACAUUGCUGUUGCCGAAAUGAUGAGCGGAGGACGGG